AUGACUUCCCUUCGUAGUAGCGGUGGGAGUGGUGACGGCGGUGGUGGCAGCAGUGGGAGUAGUAGCAAUCACUGUGGAGCUGUUCGGUGGGGAGUGUCUGGCGCUGGUCACAUGCAGCUGCAGCGGUGUCCGAGCGAGACCCUUACGCCCCGGCAGCUGCAUGAGUGGUACGCUCAGAGUUGGGGGUGUAGGACUACUGCUCGCUGCCCGUACGUCAUUUGCACAGCAUUGUCUGCUGGAGGUGCUGGAGCCGCUAGACCCGGAGGUGCUCGUACUGGAGGUACUAGAGCUGCUGGGGCUGGAGGUGCUGCGUCUGGGGGUGCUACUGCUGGUGACGCUGGUGCUGGCGGUGCUGGCGCUGGAUGUUCUGCGGCUGCUGGUGGUGCUGGCGCUCGAGGAGCUGGAGCUGGAGGGUCUGGAGCUGCUGGAGGCACUGGAGCUACUGGUGCUGGUGGCACUGCUGCGCAGCGACUGUUCUUCUCUCCGCCGUCACCGUCGUCUCUGUCGCCUCUUGACACAGUGCUUCGCCAGGUUCUUACCCUGCUGUCUUCCACUGGCCUACCGUUACAGCCGAGCUCCCCCCUGCCUGCUCCCUCUCCUUACACUGGGCUGACAGGAGGUCUUACUGAGCGUCGCGAGCCUGCGUCCCGUCCUGUCUCGCCUGUUCGCACUGGUCGCACUGGUCGCACUGGUCGUGUUAGUCGUGAGCGUCCUCCUCCUGUCCCUGGCACGCACAUUAUGGCACUUCGUCCUUCCUCUGUUCCACAGCGUGUUCCUCUGCCGUCUCCUCCUGCGUCUUUGUUGCCUGACGUUCUAGACCCUGAGCAUGACCGGUUUCGUGCUGAGCACCCUACUGUCACGCGUCUGCUAGCCACUGUUGUCACUGACCCGUCGUUUGAGUCUGCUGAUGCGUCUGCCUUAGUCGCUGAGCUUGUUGACUUUGCUGCUGCCUGUCGUCUAGACUACGCUGCUAGCCUUGUUGCUGAGUCUGAGUCUUUCUGUCCUCCGUCCGUCGGGGGUGAGUGUGCUCUUGGCACGGACGUCCUUGACGACAGGCACGAAGACCUUGAGUGUCUUGCAGCCGCUGCGCCUCAUCUCGUGGCCAUGCUGCUUGCCCCUGAGGGAGACCCGGAUGCUGUAGACAUCCCGACCCCGCGCUCUUACGCUGAGGCGAUCGCGGGUGAGUACUCCUCUCAGUGGCAGGCAGCCAUGGACGCAGAGAUGGCAUCCUAG